AUGUUGAUAACGUUUGAGAGCCCUGUGCAGGUUGGCAAACUGCAGGACCUUAUCAACCGAAGCAAGAUGGCGAGGUGUAGAGGACGAUUUGUUUGCCCAGUCAUUCUGUACAACGGAAAGCAUAUCUGCAGAUCAGCGACACUGGCCGGCUGGGGGGAGCUCUAUGGGCGCACUGGCUACAACUACAUCUUCUCAGGAGGUUCUGAUGAUGCCUGGGCAGAUGCAGAAGACAUUUCAGAGGAAGAUUCUGCACUUAGAAAUGCAGACUCCCAGUUGUUUGACAAGGUCAGAGGGCACGACAUCAAGCUGCUCCGGUACCUGUCUGUCCGCUACAUCUGUGACCUGAUGGUGGAAAACAAGAAGGUGAAGUUUGGCUUGAAUGUGACGUCUUCUGAGAAGGUGGACAAAGCUCAACGUUAUGCUGAUUUCACACUUCUCUCCAUCCCAUAUCCAGGAUGUGAAUUUUUUAAGGAGUAUAAAGACCGGGAUUAUACAGCUGAAGGUCUUAUAUUUAACUGGAAACAGGAUUACGUAGAUGCUCCAUUAAGUAUCCCAGUCUCUCUGACCCAAUCUCUGAAUAUUGAUUGGAGUGAGUACCAGAGCUGGGACCUCGUGCAACAGACACAGAACUACCUGAAGCUGCUGAUCUCCAUCAUCAAUAGUGAUGAUGACAGUGGGCUCCUGGUGCACUGUAUAUCUGGCUGGGAUCGAACUCCUCUCUUCAUCUCCUUGCUGCGCCUCUCCCUGUGGGCUGAUGGGCUGAUCCAUGCAUCCCUGGAGCCGUCAGAGAUUCUCUACCUGACAGUGGCCUAUGACUGGUUUCUCUUUGGGCACAUGUUAGUUGAUCGACUCAGUAAAGGAGAAGAGAUUUUCUUUUUCUGCUUCAAUUUUCUGAAGCACAUCACCUCUGAGGAGUUCUCUGCUGUGAAGUCGCAGAGAAGGAAGAGUUUGCCACCCAGCUUCACCCUGGAAGAGAUCUGCAUGCUCAAGCAGAGAGACCGAGGCAGCACCACAAGUCUGAGCAGUGACUUCUCCCUGGGGAUGGAAAGUUCUCCUGGAGCAGCUGGGAGCUUCACCUAUGAAGCAGUGGAGCUGAUGCCAGCAGGAGCACAGGCUCAAGCAGCAUGGAGGAAGAGCUGUGCCUCAUCACCACAAGCUGUGCUCUGGAGCAGGGCACAGCAGUCAGAAGACAGGCUGCCUUCCACGGGGAUGGUUGAAGUCAAGUCCUCCAGCUCUUCCUCAUCAACCCAUUCUGAUAACUUCCUGAGGAUUGGAAGCAGCCCACUGGAAGUGCCCAAAUCCAGAUCGGCGGACCAUUCUCUGCCCGGAUCUUCCGUUUCCACAGACUUUGGCAGCUGGCAGAUGGUGACAGGGUGUGGCAGUAUUCGGGAGCAGGCAAUCCUGAGUGCAGACGCCUCUCUCCCUUGCAGCUUCCCGGAUGAGUCCCCUAGCACUUGCCUGCUGGUGUCGCCGAGCGACCGCGAGUCCCGGCUGGAAGAAGUGCGCUCUGCCUUUCUGGCCAGCUACAGCCGGACCAUCGGCCUCAAGGCCGUGCCCCCCAGCCCCUCGGGGGCCAUCGGCGGCCUCCUCGAGCAAUUCGUGCGGGGCGUGGGACUGAGAGGCAGCAGCACGCUCUGAGUUCCUGCACGGAACGUUCCCCAACCGCUGGCUGGAGCACCGGGG